UCGCGCAGUUGCGUGCCGGUGUCGUGCAAUUUGCAUAAUCACUAUGGCGGCCGCACUGAAAGACACUGUGGCGCUUUACGAGAAUUUGAAGUCGGAGUGGAACAAGAAGAACCCGAGCCUGAACAAAUGUGGCGACAUUUUGAGCAAACUCAAGAUUUCCUUGCUGGAACUCAAUUUCCUACCAACUUCAGGAACCAAGCUCACCAAGCAGCAGCUCAUUUUAGCCCGUGAUGUGCUGGAAAUCGGUGCUCUCUGGAGCAUCCUGAAGAAGGACAUCCCUUCCUUUGAGAGAUACAUGGCACAGCUCAAAUGCUACUACUUUGACUACAAAGAGGAGUUGCCAGAAUCAGCCUACAUGCACCAGUUGCUGGGUCUGAACUUGCUCUUCCUGCUGUCCCAAAACCGGGUUUCCGAAUUCCACACAGAGCUGGAGAGACUGAGUGCUCGAGAUAUUCAAACCAAUGUCUACAUCCGACACCCUGUGUCUCUGGAGCAGUAUUUGAUGGAAGGCAGCUACAACAAAGUAUUUCUUGCCAAAGGAAAUAUUCCUGCAGAAAGUUACACCUUUUUCAUUGAUAUCCUGCUGGACACUAUUCGAGAUGAAAUUGCGGGCUGCAUCGAAAAGGCAUAUGAGCAGAUCCAGUUUAACGAGGCCACACGUGUGCUGUUUUUCUCCUCAUCCAAGAAGAUGACGGAGUAUGCCAAGAAGAGAGGCUGGAUUCUGAAUGCCAAUGGUUACUACUCAUUCAGCAGUCGUCAGCAGCGCACAGAGGAGGCAACAAUUCCCUCCACGGAACUGGCUCAGCAGGUCAUCGAGUAUGCCCGGCAACUGGAGAUGAUUGUGUAGCAACCCACAAGCUGUUUUUUGAGGUUAUCUGUGUUUAGAAAUUGUUUUGUUAGUGUAACAUUGCAAUUUAAAAUGGGAACCAAAAUGACUGAAUUUCAUUAAUUUGGUCAUCUGUUGGGAUUCUGCUGGUUGUCAGUUUUGAAAACCAAUGCAUUUUCCAUGCUUCUGGUUGCUCCUUGCUUUUGCUCUAGUGUCGUUCACAGAAUGACUCCAUUCUGGCGCCCUUGCCUUGUAUCCUAGCAACUGGCAAUGGAAUUUCUGUGAAAGUCUGAGGGUUUUUUUUUUUUAAAAAAAUAAUUUUUGACACACUAGACUCCAAUUGAUCUGGCAAAUGGCAAGUGUUUUUCUCUUAUGGUCACAAAACUGUAAUAUAAUUUCAACAAUAGGCAAACUUUUUUAUUCUACUGUUGAAUCGUGUAUAUUCUGCACUUGGUGAUAUGUAAACACCAGGGAUAUGUUAGCUACAAUAAACCAAGAGCAAUUAUGCGAUUGCAGUCAA